GCUUAGAUGAGACGCUUAUGAAUACACUGCUUACAAGCAACGUUACCAUCUUUGCACCAACCAACGGGGCGUUCUUCCGCAUGCCCAAGAAUGUGCGCUUUGGAGGACUGCAAAGGAAGAGGAGAGUUUUUUGGCAGGUGAUGGCUUCUCACCUACUGCCACGUCGGAUGGAUAUCAAUGACAUCAAGGCCCUUGAAAAUGGAUUUCUGAUGGACACACUCUAUGGCUCUUCACUCAAGAAGAAUCAUACAAACAACCAGUUGUGUAUUGUCAAGUCUGAAGUCUCCUGGGGUGCGAGAGUUCUGAUCGGAAACAUGUACUCGAGCCCAUCCAUUGUUGUCCAUGCGGUGGAUACCGUGCUGCUCCCUGUUCCUGUCAAGAACAAUGGCAUCAACGCUUUGGACAGUCAAGCACACACACACACACACACGCACCCCAUGGCUCCUCCCAAGAAGGACGCGCCCUGGCGCGCCAAGGGCACGGGGGUGGCUCUCAUUGGCGGGCCGGCGCUGGCGACAGUGCGACGGGGGCCCGAGUUUGACUAUGCCAUGAGCAUCAUGCGGCACCCGGAUCCCAUAGGAAUGGGGUUGGCGCAGGAGGCAGGGGUGGAGGCGGCAGGGGAGGACUGCCUUGUGCCGGGGCUUAAGAGGCCUGUCAUUGUCAUGGGCGUGCAGGUGUGGCCUCUGGAGGUCAACAGCCCACUCUCCUGGAAGGCCAUUGAGCCCAUGGCGCGAGAGCUCAAGACCGUGUCCAAGCUUGCUGAGAAAGCCAUAGACCUCAUGAACGCCCCUCUUGGCCGCUGA